CGCCAGGCAGUCCCCGAGGCUAGUAAGUCAGUGAGCGGAGGAGAGGUGGCGUCUCGGGGCGAGGGAGCGGCGGGCCCCGGAGCGGCGGCGCCGCUGGGCGGGCGGGAUUGAGAGUCCCCUGUGGUCUCCUUUCACACAGAGAUGGGGUCAUGGGGAAGACCGGAGAGAUAAGGGGAUGGUCUUGCUGAGGCUGCUUAUUCAUAAAUAGCUGUACAUAUCCAUCUUGCUUCACAAAACGUAGAAAAGACAGCUUGUGCCUUGGAGGGCUUGCAGUCUGGUACAGACAAGUCAAAGACGCUGCUGCUAUUUCUCUCUUCUGUUUUCAAAUGUCGCCUGUGAUGUGCUGUUACUUGUAGAAUUUCUGCUUCUUAUGCUCAGUUAUUAGUCUCUGCUUCCUCUGUCACUUCUGUUUGUGUUUUUGUUUAAGCAUCUGUAAUUAUAACUUUUUAUGGAAAGAUUUAAAUUUAGUGCUGUGCUGGUUACAUUAGUGAAAAUUAAUCUGCUUUCAUUAAUCUCUCCACCACAUUUCCUUUUCUGCAUUGAUUUCAAUCCAGUCAGGCACGGGAUGUGAAGGUAGCAGAAAGAGCUGUAGUUGGUGGCUAGGUUUGCCGCUAUGCAGAUUUCCUUAUCCAGUUGUUUGCACAUUAAAUUCAAGUAACUUAAAUUUUGUGCUGUGUACUUAACCUUUUUUGAAAAGCAGAGAUCAAUGUCUGUAGACUUUAAAAAAAGUCUCUAACCCUGGAAACCAUUGAACUUAUCCCUCUUCUCAUUUAAUUGUAUCUCUGCCUUGAAAAGCCUUUGGAAGGAUUUUCCAUUCAGAAGUGUCAGAUGGCUGACUGCUAUAUUUUCACAUAUUUGGAGGGUUUGUGUGACUUCUCUGAUUUGAUACUAACUUUGGCAAUUUAGAUUGUUCACAGUGAAAUGUUUUGGAAGUUAGUCCUUUGAGAAGAAGGAAAUGGAUGAGUAAAAGAUGCAGGUGCCUGUUUAAUGAGUAGUCUCGAUGGCUGCAAGUUCAGACUUCAAAAUAGGUACAAACAAAUGGUAUAUCAAAGAAUAUUUGUGAAGCAGACUGUGUUGUAACAUUGGUAGUUACUUUAGUGAGAUCUUACAAACAUUGCUAUUAUACAACAGGAUGGUGGAAACUGACCCCUUUUGAAGGUUUUACUUUUUACAGAUUAGUGGUCUAUUUUUUUGGGUACAAGCUGAUUUUAACAAGUGAAUACAUACAUUUGGAAUAUGCUUUAGUCCAGUGGUUCUCAAUCUAUUUACCAUUGUGGGCUGUAUAUGCAGCUCUUUGUGUUAUGUGCGUCACAUCCAUACAAUAUAUAUAUACUACCUGUAUGGAACCGAGGGUGUCACACGGGCCAAAGCUGUGUGCCAAUUGGGCUGCAAGUGGGCCGUGGGUUGAGAAGCACUGCUUUAGUCCGCUCUUAGAAUAUCUUUCCUCUAACAUAUCAGGUUUAGUUCUCUAUUGUUGUUUUGCAAGUGAAAUCUUUCUUCAAUUUUGUUGCUUUGGCGGUAGGGAACAACACUAUAACGCUUGGUUUAAUUUCCAGAGUGUUUUAAUUCCUAAGAUGAAAUUUUAUUAAGAGUAAAAUACUUUAAGUGUAAUUUGAGGAACACAAUUUCUUUGUCUUAAUUUCUUUGGCAUACUUUCCUUCAUUGUAAGAAAACGUAGCAUAAAUCUUUCUUCCAAAAUGAAGAUUUUAUUUUGUGUGUGGUACCAAAAAUACAAGUCACAAGAUAACAAGUUUUUAACAAAGCUCAUGGCAAUUUUGAACUAUAGUGUUUUGUUAGCUGUAUUUCUAAGUGUAGUAGUUCUUUUGAUUUUUAGUAUUGAGGUGCAUUUUAAUAGAUAAAAUUAUUAAAGGAAUAUCUUUUUUUCCUGUAUUAUGCUUUCACUGGUGGUGGUGAUAUAUUUCUGGUCUGCCUGUUGGCGCCCCUCCCCCAUUUCAUUUGUUUUUAUCAAGAGAUUGUGCCACAGCAAGAUUGACAAAUAAGCAGGAACAGCUGGAUAUUUACUUCCUUAAGCCCCAAUCUUGUAAAGACUUUUAAACACGUGCUUAACUUUACUAACAGAGUAUAAAGCUAAGCAGCGCAUGUGCUUAAGUUGUUGUAACAUCAGGGACUUAUGCCAGCGUCUUGUUUGUACAGUGCUUAGCACAAUGGGACUGGCCAGAACCCAUGACUGCGGUGGCCCCCUCAUGGUACUGCAAUACAAAUUAUUAAUAAUAGAACUGUUUUCUUUGUGUACAAAAUUGAACAGUAUUGUUGUGAUAUGUGCAUGCCUUGGACAUGUUCCUUUCAGGCAAGUGGUAACAGAUGCUUAUGUCUCUGUCUGGUCAUUUUUGUGUUGUCUGCUUCACAACGAAAGGUUAUUUGGAUACUGAGCCAGGUGCCAGUCAAAAGGUUGCAAAAUCUGCAAGAGAAUCUACAGGAAGAAACAAACAAUAGAUGGGUGGGGGGUGACAGCCUGCUUAUGAAUGAAGUCAAAGGAUGGGAUUUGUAUACAUUGGGAGAUAAGCUGACAGCAUGCCUGCCUUGUGAAAGGAGAAUCACAGCCUAGCAUGUCUGUAUAAUGCUGCAAGACCUUUGGGCAAGGAUGUGGAGACGUGUAAAGCCAUUUUUAAGACUUCAGUAAAGGGUAACAGGUAUUUAAGGUUGAAGGUUCAGAUCAGAUGUGGGAAGAUGUUGGCUGUGGACACAGGAGUUGUGGAGGAGUGGUUAUCAGAGUUCAAGACCCUUCCAGAAGCUUCUAUCUCUAACUAUGCUACAAAUUUGAAAGACAAGAGUUCUCUGGUUUCAUCUUUAUACAAAGUUAUCCGGGAGCCACAGAGUGAGCUGCUAGAGCCAGUUUGCCACCAACUUUUUGAGUUUUAUCGCAGUGGAGAGGAACGACUACUACGAUUCACCCUGCAGUUUCUGCCAGAAUUGAUGUGGUGUUACCUGGCAGUCUCAGCCAGCAGAGAUCUGCAAAGCAGUGGCUGCAUAGAGGCUCUUCUCCUAGGAGUUUACAACUUGGAAAUAGUUGACAAACAGGGGCAUAGUAAAGUGCUGAGUUUCACAAUUCCAUCCUUGUCCAAACCUUCAGUGUAUCAUGAACCUUCCAGCAUUGGUUCCAUGGCUCUUACAGAGGGAGCUUUAUCCCAGCAUGGUUUGUCCAGGGUGGUGUACAGUGGACCUCAUCCUCAAAGAGAGAUGUUAACAGCACAAAACAGGUUUGAAGUGCUGACAUUCCUCCUGCUGUGUUAUAAUGCUGCCUUAAGCUACAUGCCUGCAGUUUCUCUUCAAUCAUUGUGUCAAAUUUGCUCAAGAAUCUGUGUCUGUGGAUAUCCUCGGCAACAAGUAAGAAAAUACAAAGGAGUAAAUAGCAGGAUUCCAGUUUCUUCUGAAUUUAUGGUGCAAAUGCUAACUGGGAUUUACUAUGCCUUUUAUAAUGGAGAAUGGGAUCUAGCUCGUAAAGCAAUGGAUGACAUUUUAUAUAGAGCUCAGCUGGAGUUGUAUCCAGAACCACUGCUGGUUGCUAAUGCAAUAAAGGCCUCACUGCCUCAAGGUGCCAUGAAAUCUAGUAAAGAAGGUACAAGAUGUAUUCAGGUUGAAAUUACGCCCACUUCAUCUAGAAUAUCGAGAAAUGCUGUGACUAGCAUGUCUAUCCGGGGGCAUAGAUGGAAGAGACAUGAACAACCAGAGAAUGAUAAUACUGAUCUAGCAAUUCCAGAAGAACUGAUAGAAGUAUCUGAGGUUGAUGAAGGGUUUUACUCUAGAGCUACUUCUAGCACAAGCCAGUCUGCCUUAUCAAACAGCAACAACACCAGCAGCAAGAUCCUUUUAGGGAAGAGCCAACGAAGGUCUGGAGGAAACAAAGCUGGGGGGAAAGAAAAAGACGCUUCUGGGGAAUCCUGCAAAGAAGAUAUUUCUCGAAAACAAACUCAAAGAGCCACGAGUGAGAAUUUAGAUCUUCUGUCUUUAAAGAGACUGACAUUAACUACUAGCCAAUCCCUGCCUAAGCCUGGUAGUCAUAGUUUGGCUAGAACUACCACUACUGUUUUUAGUAAAUCCUUUGAGCAGGUCAGUGGUAUCACAGUUCCAAACAACCGUAGUGGUGGAAAUGGUACUGAAGCAAAUAGGUUUUCAGCAUGUAGUCUUCAAGAGGAAAAAUUGAUAUAUGGAGCAGAAAGAACAGAUCUUCCCAUUUCAAACAAACAGUCAAAUCAGCAACGACCUCCUAGCAUCAGCAUAACACUGUCAACAGAUUGAUGUCUGACAAAUUACUUAGUAUGAAAAAGAAAUCUGGAGAUUCCAUUGAUAGUGUUAUACAUUGUGCUCCCCAUCUUCCCCUUUUAAAAUCUAACCCUCCAAAUUCUUGAUAUUGUUAGAGCUUGGCUUGCAUUUGAAGUGUGUCUAGAUUACAAUUUUAUACUAUUUUGCAUUGUUUCAAAUGUUAUUAAUAGCCUACAGCAUUUUUUUAUGCUUACACUUCCUAUUAUUUACGUCCCCCAAUUCUUAACAAACAUUGGCAGGCUCUGUUUAGCCAUGCUGGUAUAGAGUGUCUGUGUGUUGUAAAAUAUAGACUGCAGAGCAAAGGGAUGCUCUUUCUCAGGAUGUAGCUGUUAAGUAACUACAUUGCAUCAGUGACUGAAGUUUUCUGUUAACAGGGGGUUUGUGAUUCAGGAAUGAAAUUUGGGAUAACAUUGGAAUAGGUCCAUACAAUAAAAUCAAGCAUCACAGACCAUGCCAGAGAAAAUGUGCUAAUGUGAGAGAUGUACUUUGUUAUAGGCCUACAGCUAGAAGCACCAGUUCAGUGUUCCAUGUUAAAUGGAAACUUUCAUAACAGUGGGCCAGAUCUUUGCAUGUGCCUGACUUAAUUCACAAACUCCAAUGUGUUUGCACACUACUUGAGUUGCAUAUUCCUGUAAGUAUAUGGGUAUAUGCAAACUGAGUUUUGUGUAUGAUACGUCUCUGUAAACACUUGGUUGAAAACCUGGCUCCUAAAGUCAUACAAUGGCAGAUCAAACUUUUGCUGGGGACAGGAGUUUUCUGUGAUGAAAAUGCCAUAAUACUCAGAAAAGUGACUAAAAAUGGCACUGGGUGGGUUCCACGUUUGAUUCUGAGUUACCAAAUGUGCUCAGUUCAAAAGCGCCAAAAAUAAAAUAAACUAAAUAAAUAAAAUCCCACCAGUCCCGUUAACUUAAAGUGGAGUCUAGGAGGGAACGUUUUUUUUUUUUUUAUUAUUUCUGGCUCAAAGUUUCACUGGCAACAGAUAUUAUUCAACUGGAACUCUGUGAUCAAUUCUGAUGAGUGAGCUAGAAGAGCUUCCUGCUGUUUCCCCUAGCUGCAUUGACUGCAAUACCAGUCUGUUUAGUCACAUUUUUUACCCAUAACCAUGUUUGAAGAUCCAGGAUAGUCAGGCUGCUGAGAAAGACUGUAAACAGAUUUUUCUUUCCAUUUCUUCUGUGGUGUGGUGGGAUGCAGAAUUACAAAGGAGCAAGUCGUCCUCCCAAACUUCCCUCCUGCCCACUCUGAGCCACUGUGUUCUGUCAGAACAUGCAAUGACUUUGGUUUCUUAUCUAAGUCAUCAGGAGUAGGCACAAAGCUACUAAUUAGAAAGACAUUAUCAGCAUUUUUCAUCACUCUGUGGGAAAUGUUCAUAAUUACAAUAUCAGCAUGUUUAUGCUGAUUUUGACACCUGUUGCAUUGAAUCAAGCACAUCAUUUUAAUGGAAUAAUGUGUUUAAAGAGCAGGCUUGUUCUUGAAUGAGACUAGGAGAAUAUUACAAAAGGACAUGUACAAAUUAAGAAUCUUUCAAGCACAAAUGGAAAUGAUACUGUAAUUGUAAUUGAUUUAUGCCUAAUUUCAUUUAUGUUGUAAUUUAAUGUUGUAACUUUCAUUUAUGUUGUAACAUGUAACUCAUGUCACCAUUAUUUUGCUAGUUUGAAACUACAAAAUAUCAACAUGCUUUAAGGUUACUAUAGUAGUGUUUUAAAAAAAUCUUAUUAGCUGAGAUUAUAACUUUAACAAUGCUUUAACAAUUCUUAUUGAUUGCAAGCUACACACAAAUGGGGAGAAGAGAAGCUGGCAAUAACCACUCCUCGAAAAGUGAGUGAGUGUUUUACAUUGUAUAACUAUGUGGUCUUUUCUCAGGGGAAGUGGAGAAAAUAAAAGGGAGGUCUAAUGUAUAUCCAUGCAUGAGUAUUCAGAUUUCUUUGGCGAGGUUCCUUUAUAGGCCAAAAAUGUCAAAGGGCCUCAUGACACAGAGCAAGGACUAAAGCUUUUUUAGACUUCCCCUAGUUGAGUUUUGCCCUGAGAUCCAUUCUUGAUUUGACUGAAAACUAAAGCACAAAUACAUUUCAAUAAGCUCUCAUUGUACACUGUCUGCAGCCUCUUAAGCACCUUUUAGAGUGGGGUGACAAUGUUGUGUUAAAUUUUGUUAAUUUCCAGCCAUUGCAUAUUUAUAGCAUCCAAAUCACAGGUAGUGGAAGAGUAUUGGGGAGCUGGUAAGAGGUAUUACUAGGAAAUAUCUACAUAAUAGACAUUCUGCAUUUAACAUAACUUGAAAUUCCUCCUGGGAGACCAAGAAGGGAUGUCCACUAGAGUUUUGGACAAGAUCCUUUCCUAGCUCUCACUAAGCAGAACACACAGCCUUCCUCUGAUUUCCUAGCUGUAGAGUAAUACAAUUUUAAAAUUUAACUUGAACUAUACCUUUAAGUCCACUUAUAACUUAUUGAUUUAAACUGUAAUUCCAGUAAACUUUUUAUCAUGACAGUAUUAAGCAUGGAUUAGUUUUAAGAACAAAUUCAUAUUUUAAGUAGUUUCUUAUCUAGAGAAAUUGUGAUUUUUUUUAAAAAAAUUGUCUUCAUAGUAUUUAAACCCCUUUUUGAUUCAAUAGUGGUAGAAAAGAUUUUUCUAUACUGGAAGAUCCAGCCAUUUAAGUUUGAAGCGACAGAGUUACCGAAAUAACUGUCUUUUUUAGAAGUGUAUUUGAAAUGCCAGGGAUACAAAUGAGUAACUUUAAUGUUUACAAAGCUGUCACUUGACUGUUCUCCAAACUACAGAUCAGAUGGUAUUUUUUUUAAAAGGGUAAACUGGUUUUAUCUUGCACAUUUAAUCAUUCUAACUUUGGCUGUUGGGUUUUUUUUUCUUCCUAGGCUUAAAUAAAUGUUAAAACAAAAUGAUAAAACCCACAUUCCUCUUGUACAAUAGAAUUUAUAUGAGGUUUUAUGGUUUUCAAGUAAAUGUGAUUUAAAGGGAAGAUUUCUUAAUGCUAAAGGGCUACUGCUUCUACUUACACAUGCAGCUUUAUGUACAUAAGUCUUUAUAAGCCUAUCUAUAUGGUUUAUUCAUUGAGUAGAUUUUGUGUAACUGCCACAGGUCCUGGCAAUAUUGAAAUUUUACUCUAACAACCUUUUUAUAACCAUAAGUAUUUAAACUUAUAACUGUAUUAUUUAAACAACUGCAGGAAAGUUUUACAAAUAAGUAUGUUUAGCUUCGUGUCUGAGACUGUCCAAAUACCCACCAAGACUUCUACUUGGAGACAGUGUUAAUUAGUGAAUCUCGAGAGUUUUUAAACUUAAAUUUUAUACUAAUCAAAUUUGCAUUGAGAAUAUAAAAGUUUUCUUUUUUUAAAGUAAAUGUUAUUGUAGUCUUAAGAAAUUACAUCUAUAUUGUACAAUAGUAGUUCAUUUUGAAUGAAUACAUUUCAGGAGUUACCACCAUUUAAUAUAAUAUUCUGCAGAAGUAAAAAAGAGAUCUCAUUUAAAAACAAAAAACUCAAAUAAGUGGUACUAAAGAAAAAAGUAGCUAAUGCUUACACUUAGGUUUGAACUCCAUUUCAUUAUAUCAAAUGGAAAUGUUUCCAGUGCUGCAGUAACACAGCAAAAUCUAACAUCAAAGUAUUUGAUUACCUAAAGAUUAACAGUGAACUACUAUUUCCUGUUGUCUAAAACUAGGACACUUUUGUGCAAAGAUUGUAGACAUUUUAACCACUUUGUGUAGCUAUGUUCUGUAGUAAUUUUUUUUGUUGAGAAAUUGUUGACAUUCAUGAAAGGUUAUUGGAGUUCCUAUUGCUAGAAAAAGUAAUACUUAAAAAAAAACUUUCUAGAGAUAACCAGGCUCCUUUUGAUUAGCAUAAGGAUUAAGCAAGUUUUUAGUUUAUUAAUUAUGGCAAAUAUUUCUUUAGUCAAAGUUUAAUUUUUGAGAUUUAAAAUGGUGUAUAUAGAUGUGUAACAUAUUGGAUUUUGUAUCUGUGUAACUCCAUUUCUAAAAGACUGCAACAAUGGACUAGAUGUAUAUUUUUAGUAACUCGGGUCUAUGAAAUAACUGCAUCAGUUCACAGGUGUUCUCAGUCUUAACUUGAAGCUUAAGUUUAAAUGAAAGUGCCACACUUUCUCAUAUUUUUCAUGUUUUGCAUAGUUUGUGUGAUUAUUUUUCUGUCUUCUAUUUUGGUAAUGUAGUGUUUCACUUUCUAUAUAGUAAAAUAUGUUUUAAAUUGUACUCUAGAGUUAAUAUGUCUAAAGUAUAAACCAUGAAUUUAUAUUGUUUUGUCUUUAAUAUUUUUGGCCAUUGGAAUAAACAAACUGGAAUUUUG